UCAGUUUAUCAAGUCCGGGCUCUCGUCCUCACCUUUGUUUUAAAAGGAGAGCAACAGCAAACGGGACGCAGUAUCUGAACACUUCGCCAACUUCAUCAACAUUAGUCUGCCGAGCCUACCAUGUGGCCGUCAAACUCAAAUAUCAAGGUCAUGCCUCAGGGUGCGGCACCCUCGUCCCCGCCAUUGUCCCCGGGCUCGAGCCGGAAGGGCAGUCCUUGGCACGGGCCAAUGCCGCCACAGUUUUGCCCUCCACCAAUGCCAUCCAUCACCGUCCUCCGGCCAGACGGCCUUCACGGCCCCAGCUUCAGUUUUACCCGCGCAAUAGACCCGGAUCAGCUUUCACCACAAUCUUGCAGCACCUCCUCGGCAACUUCUUCCGAUUCAGACGACGAUGCGGGUCCAGACAGUCUUCCACGAUCCAUGCAGCCGUCGCCGUCGCUGUCCCCACCGCCAACCCGCCCGGGACGCAUUGUGACGAAUUCCAACCUCAUUGUUGAGGAGAUGAGCGAAGCCAGCGACGAUGAUGACAAUGCUGGCGUUCCUGUGAUUUAUCCGGAUACCAUUGAGUACGCCGAAUCGGAACGAAGUCGGUCUCGGUCCCGCCGUCAUCGAGAGGUCGAUGAAAGCGUCAUGUACAACCUCGGACAACUGAACUGCAGUGACGAUUCCGACUCGACCGACAUCGAAGAGGCCGAGCACCGCGAGAUCCUGAGGCGGCACCGCGAGGAGCGGAGACGCAAGCGGAUGACAUCGGGCAGCAUUGGCAAGCGAACCUUCAGCGAGAGCAUAGGAAGCGACUCAGACCGUGAGGACCCCAGAGACUUCAAACGAUUCUUUAGUGCAGAGGACCUUGGUUCCCCCGGCGCACGCCGUAUUUAUCGGAGUGUCGGUGGCCGCCGCCGCAGCGUGCAAGUGUCAGAUCUAAUGCCGCCGCCGAGGAUCGACGAGAUUGACGAGCCAGAGUCGAGCAACGAGGAGAUUCUUGUUGAUGAGUCGAUGUUGUCUAGGGAACUCCCCUACUACGAGUGUGUAAUGGAAAUCGAUUCGCCAUAAUCGAUAGGGGUAGCGACAUGAAUCCUUAUUUGUGGGCUUGGACAGAUAGCGGCACCAAGCCAAAACACCAAAACGAUCUACGCCAACAGGAGACCGGUCUGACGACUUGACGAAAACUACGAACUAAUGAACAUGAUAUAGAGAGAAACACAACCGGCUAUGGAUACCAUGAUAGA